ACCGCUCCUUUACAGAAGACAUCUUGCUUACUGUCGCCAUGGCGCGCAUGAACAGGCCCGCGCCCGUGGAAAUCACCUACAAGAACAUGAGGUUCCUCAUCACCCACAACCCCACCAACGCCACCCUCAACAAGUUCAUCGAGGAGCUGAAGAAGUACGGUGUGACGACAGCAGUCCGAGUCUGCGAGGCCACCUAUGACACCACCAUGGUGGUAAAGGAGGGUAUUCAAGUCCUGGAUUGGCCGUUUGAUGAUGGAGCUCCUCCCUCUACCCAGAUUGUUGAUGAUUGGCUCAACCUACUCAAGCUGAAGUUCAGAGAAGAGCCUGGCUGCUGCAUCGCCGUGCACUGUGUGGCCGGCCUCGGCAGAGCUCCCGUCCUGGUUGCCCUCGCCCUCAUCGAAUGCGGCAUGAAAUACGAAGAUGCUGUCCAGUUCAUUCGCCAGAAGCGUCGAGGAGCGUUCAACAGCAAGCAGCUCUUCUACCUGGAGAAGUAUCGCCCAAAGAUGCGUCUGCGCUUCAAAGACUCCAACAGCCAUCGCAACAACUGCUGCAUCCAGUAGAGCCAAGCCCCGCCCCUGCCUCCGCCCCCCCGCCCUCACUCUUUCUGUCAUUGUGUUGAAGUACUUUAGCGUCCUUCUGAUUCAAAUGUGUAAUGAUUAGGUUUUUGAAAAGAUAAGUUUGUGUGAAGAGUAAAAAAAAAAGUAUCCCAAAGAUUCGGCCGCUCGUUUACAUUAGCUGAGACAGCGCUGGCUUGACGCGGGAGAAGACGUGCACGUUGCCUUCCUUCACAUCACACGGUCGCUCCAUCAAUGCCUUACAAGCAGCUGGGGCCGCGCCCCCCGUCGGCAUUUUUUUCUACUCCCAACAAGAAAACGUUGCCUUUGUCUUGUGCAGGAAGUCCUACACCUCGAACGUGCGUAACUCUUUUUAAUAUUACAUGCUUACUGUUGCAAUUUUUGUCCACUGAGAGUCUAGAACCUUCUUUUUGUUUACUAAUUAACUGCCACAAUGUGAUUUUUUUUUUUUUUAGUUUUUCUUUCAAACUGGACUUCCGCCGUCUGCGAUAUUUUGUACGCCUUUUUCAUUUGAUGUCCCUAACUUAAGACUUGAUCAUUUGAUGUACUUUAACAUGUGGACUAUUACGACUAGUUGGCUAUUUAUACUAUCGAUGGAUGUGAGUGAUUUAGUACCAGAGCUGCAAACUUGUACCUGUUCACCCAACGUGAUGAUUCUAUUAAAGUCAUACAAUCACCAAUAA